GUCACUGCGCCGCGCGGAGGCUGCGGGGGAAGAUGGCGGCGCCGGAGGAACCGGGCGCGGUGGCGGCGUUCGCGAAGCGCAUCGACCCGGCCCGGGAGCCGGGGCUCAGCCCCGAGCAACGCCGCCUCAUGGCGCAGGUGGAGUACGCCCAGCGGCAGCGCGUCCUGCGGCGCCGGCUCCGCGGCCGCAACACUCUGCUGGCGCUCGGCAUCGCCGCGGUGACGCUUGGCAUCUACGGGUACACCUUCUACUCGGUGUCUCAGGAGCGGUUCCUGGACGAGCUGGAGCAGGAGGCGGAGGCGGCGCGGGCGCGGGCCCGGGCGCGGGCCGAAGGCGCGGCGAGCUGAGCGCGGAACGCCCGGCCCGGUCCGACCCGUGACUGAGCUGCCACCCCCGCGGGGCUGGACCGGCCUUGAGCCCGGGGCAGCCGCCCCCGGGGGUUUGGGCCUGCCCCAUGCUCAGCGCGAGCCUGGGGAAGGUCCUGGGGGCUCCCCGCGAGCAGCCCCCACCCCGAGGCCUUUGCCGGCACCGUGCCCAUGGGAAGGACAGGGGUGCCCAGGUCCCAGCACUCCUUACAAUAAACCCUCUCACUGGA